AUGAGCUCCCCUUUCCGGCCGUCAGACUCGACGAGGUCAACACCGAGAUCUAGUCCGUCUCGACAACGCCUCAGCGAGUCUCGCAAUGGCCGCCUGAACGGUUUCCACCGUCCCGGCAGGGACAGUUUGCUGGCUGAUAGUCCGUCUCGCCAACUCUGGGAAGAGUUCAGCCGGGUCGUUGUCGAUGACAACCGCAAUUUCGCGCGUGCACUUGACGCGCAGACAGCGGAGCAAGAGCGACUACACCGACAAGCUCUAGACGCAUCAUUAGCGCAGCAUGAAGCGGUUCGGCAAUCUGCCGAGCGAGCACGCGUGCGCGUGGAAUACGAGAUCAAGCGCGAGCAGGAACGACGGGCGGAGCUUGAGCGACAGGCGAUCGAGGAGCAGGAGUUGAAGCUUGCCGAAGAAAGGGCGCAACGCGAAAGGAAGCGAUUGGAGGAUGCUAAGCGCCGGGAAGAUCAGCGGCGAGAAGCGGAGUCGCUGAAGCAGCAGCAGGAGGAGCAUGAGCGGCAGACAGCGUCGCAGAGGGAGCAGGAAGAGGCCGAGAGGGCGGAGAGGGCGCAGAAGGCGGCACGCGACAAAGAAGCCGCGGAUUGGAAGGUGCAAAGUGAAGAUGCAGAGAGGCGGCGAAGGCAGUCGCAACAACAGCAACCUCCGCCUCAACCGCAACCUUCAUCUCAGCCUGCGGCAGCGCAGAUACAACAGCCGAAUGGUACCGCAGCGUCACCAGCACCUCCGACAAAUGGCAUCCUCCCUCAGCCCACGGCAACUACCACAUCUGCGUCAAAUAAUCAAAGCCUAACUAGCACCCUCCAAUCGCGCAAAGCCGUCCACCAACGCUAUAUCGGACUCUGGAAACAUCUGAAAGACUUCCGAAAUUGGACUGAAACCGAGUGCAAGAAAACAGGCUUCAAGCAGCUCGGGGAGAUGAAACGGACUAUUCGCACCCAACUCGGCAUGAUCAACAAACUGGACAAAGCUGCUAACAGGACAUAUCUCGCAAAGAUAGAAGCCAUCCUCAAGCAAGCCUCCGCUUUGAAUACUCCAAGCGUGGACGUGGCACCUUUUCUCAUUUCCACUAAUGCACAAGAAGCAGCGGUGCCAUCCCGCCAAUAUCCUGCGAUUCUACUUUACCUCCUCAACCAACUCGCCAAAUCAGGCCUCAAACAGCUCGUCUCCGAGAACGGCACCGACACCGCCUCCGCGGACCCGAUCGGCAUCCUUCUAGUCCAGAUCUUCGCUCGACCCGAGUAUCAAUGGCAGGGGCAUAGCUUGAUUGACAUCCUCUGGGCCAAGUACCACGUCCUCUGUCCGCAACUGUUCGGAGUACCCGCCCGAGAAGCAGCGGCAGAAGAGUACUGGUGGCGCUGCACAGGUCUUGCCGCGGGCUUCUCAGCUCUCACGCUCCGCGACUUCAGCCGCUCAAAGAACGCCAACCCGGCCCCGAAUCGGCUGUGGUGGGAGGCGGUGGCAAGGAUUGUGAACUUACCCGCUGAGGAGGUGCAGGCGACGCAUUUUGUGCUGCUUAAGGCGCUGGUCGAGGAAUUCGUGCCCAGGAUCAUUGGUAUCUUUGGCGGAGCGGGGAAGGCUUUGUUGAGGAAAGCGGUGGUUGAGUUUCCAGCUAAAGGGAACAAGAAAUCGGCGGGCGUGGUGGCGUUGCAGAGUAUGCAGAUGACGCUGCAGCAGAAGUACGGGCUUACGCUUUAGGAGGGCGUGGGCAGUUCGAGCUCCGCUGGGCAUGGUUUUGCGUUUGCUGGGGCGGCGAAGCGAGGUUUGGCUGGCAUGGAGUCGAGAUUCCCGGAAAGGGGUGUGAACUUGAAUCCGCUUCGGCGCACUAUUCCUACUGGACCGGCUGUGGGCCAGACGUACCGGACGCCAGGAAGCUUGCAAUGGCGCGCUGGCAAUGGAGGAAUGGCAGUAAAAGGCACAGGAUUGCCUGGCGGCUGGUAGCGGUAGGAUGCACUCGGCUGGUGAGGCUAACGGUGACUUCAUGGUUGUGCACAACCUUCACAUUCGACCAUGUUGCGGGACAGUACUGGCCGUCCGACUCAGCAAGCGGACGCUGCUUUGUAGAUGCGGGCGUUCUGAAUUAACGUUGCUUCACCACUUCGCAUAGCAAG